CAGUGUUUCGGGGACGGUCUCCACUGGGCUGGGUAUAUAACCUGUGUAUUUUCCAGGCAGUGUUUCGGGGACGGUCUCCACUGGGCUGGGUAUAUAACCUGUGUUGUAUUUUCCAGGCAGUGUUUCGGGGACGGUCUCCACUGGGCUGGGUGUAUAACCUGUGUAUUUUCCAGGCAGUGUUUCGGGGACGGUCUCCACUGGGCUGGGUAUAUAACCUGUGUUGUAUUUUCCAGGCAGUGUUUCGGGGACGGUCUCCACUGGGCUGGGUAUAUAACCUGUGUAUUUUCCAGGCAGUGUUUCGGGGACGGUCUCCACUGGGCUGGGUAUAUAACCUGUGUAUUUUCCAGGCAGUGUUUCGGGGACGGUCUCCACUGGGCUGGGUAUAUAACCUGUGUUGUAUUUUCCAGGCAGUGUUUCGGGGACGGUCUCCACUGGGCUGGGUAUAUAACCUGUGUUGUAUUUUCCAGGCAGUGUUUCGGGGACGGUCUCCACUGGGCUGGGUAUAUAACCUGUGUUGUAUUUUCCAGGCAGUGUUUCGGGGACGGUCUCCACUGGGCUGGGUAUAUAACCUGUGUUGUAUUUUCCAGGCAGUGUUUCGGGGACGGUCUCCACUGGGCUGGGUAUAUAACCUGUGUUGUAUUUUCCAGGCAGUGUUUCGGGGACGGUCUCCACUGGGCUGGGUAUAUAACCUGUGUUGUAUUUUCCAGGCAGUGUUUCGGGGACGGUCUCCACUGGGCUGGGUAUUUAACCUGCGUUGUAUUUUCCAGGCAGUGUUUCGGGGACGGUCUCCACUGGGCUGGGUAUAUAACCUGUGUUGUAUUUUCCAGGCAGUGUUUCGGGGACGGUCUCCACUGGGCUGGGUAUAUAACCUGUGUUGUAUUUUCCAGGCAGUGUUUCGGGGACGGUCUCCACUGGGCUGGGUAUAUAACCUGUGUAUUUUCCAGGCAGUGUUUCGGGGACGGUCUCCACUGGGCUGGGUAUAUAACCUGUGUUGUAUUUUCCAGGCAGUGUUUCGGGGACGGUCUCCACUGGGCUGGGUAUAUAACCUGUGUAUUUUCCAGGCAGUGUUUCGGGGACGGUCUCCACUGGGCUGGGUAUAUAACCUGUGUAUUUUCCAGGCAGUGUUUCGGGGACGGUCUCCACUGGGCUGGGUAUAUAACCUGUGUAUUUUCCAGGCAGUGUUUCGGGGACGGUCUCCACUGGGCUGGGUAUAUAACCUGUGUAUUUUCCAGGCAGUGUUUCGGGGACGGUCUCCACUGGGCUGGGUAUAUAACCUGUGUAUUUUCCAGGCAGUGUUUCGGGGACGGUCUCCACUGGGCUGGGUAUAUAACCUGUGUUGUAUUUUCCAGGCAGCGUUUCAGGGACGGUCUCCACUGGGCUGGGUAUAUAACCUGUGUUGUAUUUUCCAGGCAGCGUUUCAGGGACGGUCUCCACUGGGCUGGGUAUAUAACCUGUGUUGUAUUUUCCAGGCAGUGUUUCGGGGACGGUCUCCACUGGGCUGGGUAUAUAACCUGUGUUGUAUUUUCCAGGCAGUGUUUCGGGGACGGUCUCCACUGGGCUGGGUGUAUAACCUGUGUAUUUUCCAGGCAGUGUUUCGGGGACGGUCUCCACUGGGCUGGGUAUAUAACCUGUGUUGUAUUUUCCAGGCAGUGUUUCGGGGACGGUCUCCACUGGGCUGGGUAUAUAACCUGUGUAUUUUCCAGGCAGUGUUUCGGGGACGGUCUCCACUGGGCUGGGUAUAUAACCUGUGUAUUUUCCAGGCAGUGUUUCGGGGACGGUCUCCACUGGGCUGGGUAUAUAACCUGUGUUGUAUUUUCCAGGCAGUGUUUCGGGGACGGUCUCCACUGGGCUGGGUAUAUAACCUGUGUUGUAUUUUCCAGGCAGUGUUUCGGGGACGGUCUCCACUGGGCUGGGUGUAUGAUCAUCUCCCUACUGGGUCAACAGAGACGCUUUGACAUCCUGGACUUCAGCUAUCACCUGCUGAAGGUGCAGAAACACGAUGGAAAGGAUGAGAUCAUCAAGAGUGUGCCUCUUAAAAAGAUGGUGGACAGAAUCCACAAGUUCCAGGUUCUCAACGAUGAGAUCUACGCCAUUCUGAACAAGUACCUAAAGUCAGGCGAUGGGGAAAAUAUGCCCGUGGAACAUGUCCGGUGUUUCCAGCCUCCUAUCCACCAAUCCCUGGCCAGCAACUGAGAUUAUUGGAUGGUGAACCUGUCAGUGUUUAACUAAACACAAAGGAUGCAUCUCAACUGUUUUAUAUAACUGCACUACAUAGUGAGUAGGGUGCCUUUUUGGACACAUUUAUCAAAUAUUCUUCCACCUUUUAAAGCAGCAGUGGCCCAUGAGACGAAGAGGGUCCAACUUUCCUUACAUACUGUUUGUUAGGAUGAUUAUUGUGCCUUAAAAUCAAUCGCUGUGUUUCCUAGUUUGUGUGCUAAACUGUGUUUCAUACAUCUAGACCAGGGAAUGACUCGAUGAUUUAUUUCAGGGGGUUUGGGGAUAUCGUUGUUGAACAGUAGCCUGUAUUCAAUGAAGGGGAAUGGGACAGAGUAGAGUAUAUUUGGUGUUAACCAUUUUCAUGCUAAAAACCUGAAAUCUGUAAAGGAACCAAGUUUCUUAAUGAUAAAACAUUUAUCCACUUUGUGUUGGAAUUAUUUUAAUCAUUUUUUCAUUCAAUAAAUAUGUAACAAAUA